UCUGGUCACAAAAUUUGACACCUGAUCUUAGCUUCCAACCACAACCAUGUCAAGUUUCAUGUCCAUUUCCCACAACCUUAAACCCUCCAUAUUGGUGUCUCCUUCUCUUCACCACUCUUCCUCAUUCCCAAUACUAUUGUCUUCCAAACAACCCUUCUCUCUCACUCAUCCUUUAAACCUCACACGAAGACUUUUCCUUCCCUCGGUUUCCGGCAUCUGGGACGCUCUCACCGGCGCCAGUAACAAUGGCCGUGAAGCCGUUCUCGCAAUUCGACGCGGAAUGUCUCUUUUCCGCCAGGGUGAUGUUUCGGGGUCUCUUGUGGAGUUCGACAAGGCAAUUCAGUUGGAUCCUCGUCAAAAGGCGUAUCUUUGGCAAAGGGGCUUGUCACUUUACUACCUUAAUCGAUUUGAAGAGGGAGCUGAACAGUUUCGAUUUGAUGUUGCGCAAAAUCCAAAUGACACGGAAGAGUCCAUAUGGUGCUUUCUGUGUGAAGCUCAAUUGUAUGGAGUGGAUGAAGCAAGGAAGCUAUUUCUUGAGGUUGGAAUAGACCCGAGGCCAGUCAUGCGGGAAGCAUAUAGCAUGUUCAAAGAUGGUGGGGAUCCUGAAAAGCUUGUAGCUGCAUUCUCUGGUGGAAGAGAUAGUGAGUAUUUUUAUGCUUCAUUAUAUGCUGGGCUUUAUUACGAAUCUCAGAAUGAAACAGAUGCUGCUAAAAUUCACAUAGUUGCUGCAUGCCAGUCUUCUUAUGGGCAAAGGUCUGAUGAUUAUAUGGCUGCUCUUUCCAAGUUUCACUGUCUCUGUCGAAAUUGGGUCUUCAACUAAAACGUGUAUGCAGUGUGCCCAUUUUUCACGAUGAAGCUGAUACAUAAGUGUCUUAUGUACCACAAACAUCUUGUGAGUUACUAUGCUGCUGGAACGGUUAAAAGAAUUUAUCAUAUUCCUUUAUUCUAUUACUUCUUCACUUGAUGUUGUGGCCUAUAUGAAUAUUACUAAAAUUUGUAAACAUGUUGAUUUCUUCACUUGAUGUUGAUUUCUGAAACACACUUUGGUCA